GCAUGCAGCCAGAGAGGUGGAGAUGGCAGAGUCACCACGAGGUCGGGGGCCGCGGCCGCCUUGAGCCCGAGUGCCCCGCGUCCGGAGAUGAGACGUCCGGAAACAGAAUGAGUACCAGUCCCCGGAGUGCCCCGCGGCCCGCGAGGCCGGCAGCGCUCAUUGACGGCCGCCCCCGGUUCCUAUAGGAGGGGACAGGAGAGGGGAGGGAGGCCAGCAGGCCGGCGGCCCACCAUCUCCCGGGUCCCCGACGCGCGCGCCGGCUCGCCCAGGCGGGAUGCACCGGUGACCGGACUGGUUGGAGGCUGUGCGCUGGGUUCCUCGUGGAGAAGCGCUGGCUUUCAGAGGCGGCGGAGAGCCAGCCCACUGGAGCGCCGCGCGCCGGGUGGGAGACACGGAGACGCCUCUUUUGAGCACGGUGACAAACACCACCCUCCCGGCGGCGAUGCGCACGUGACAGUUUUCGGGCUCCCGCAACUACACGGCAACUUGGCCUGGGUCUGCGGCUGCACACACGGCCCCGCACCUGCCGCCCGGGUGCGACAGCUGAGCCCCGAGAGCUGGGGGUCCCGCGCGGCCGCCCCCGCCCUGCCCAGGGCCGCGGCUUCCUCCCCGGCCUGCGAGGCGACCCCGCGGCGGCGGCCAGGCCAUGUGGGACCCGCGGGCAGCGAGGAUGGACCCCAUAGCUUACAGUGAGCUGCUGAGACGGUCCGGCGACCAGGUCCUUCAGAAUGGAAACUUCUCCUUGGCCAUCAGAAAGUACGACGAAGCCAUCCAGGUUCUCCUGCAGUUGUACCAGUGGGGGGUCCCCCCCCGAGAUUUGGCUGUGCUGCUGUGCAACAAAUCAAAUGCAUUUUGCGGCCUUGGGAAAUGGGAUGAGGCCUUCGUGGCUGCCAAGGAAUGUCUCCGGUGGGACCCAACCUACGUGAAGGGGUACUAUCGAGCUGGCUAUUCCUUGCUGCGGUUGCUCCAGCCUUAUGAGGCCGCUCACAUGUUUUUUGAAGGUCUUCAACUUCUGCAGGACAGCCAGGACCAGACCCAGGUCGCUGAUUUCCUCGUGGGAAUCUUCACCACUGUGGGCAAUGACCCCAUUGUUUUGCAAAGUUUCUUGCCCUGUUUUGAUCAUAUUUUCACUACUGGAUUCUCGAUGGAAGUGUGGCAAUCUGUAAUAGAAAAGUUGGGAAAGAAAGGAUUAUGGCAUUCAUUUCUACUUCUGUCAAUGAAGAAAGACCGACUACCAGGAAAUAUCCAUGUCCCAGACUUGUCACUGAAAAGUCUCUUUGAGAAAUAUGCCUUCAUUGGACUUUAUGAGGAAAUGGAGCAGAUGCCUAUGUUAGUCCAGUGGCUCAUCUCUCUGGGUGCGAGUGUUGAGACCAUAGGACGGUACCCUCUUCACGCCCUCAUGCGGCUCUGCAUCCAGGCGGGGGAAAACCAUCUUUUCAGAUGGCUGAUGGACCACAAACCGGAGUGGAAAGGCCGCAUCAACCAGAAGGACGGGGAUGGCUGCACCGUCCUGCACGUCGUCGCGGCCACCCAGUACCCAGAAUGCCUCAUGCAGCGACAAACGGAGGAUGUGCAGAUGCUCCUGAGCUUUGGGGCAGACCCCACCCUGCUGGAUCGACAGUCCCGCUCGGCCACGGACAUCCUGAAGAGGAAUAAGAACUUCAAAGCCGUUGAGAAAAUCAGCAGUCACUUGAAAACGCUGGCUGAGUGCUCUAAGGACCUGUCAGGAUUGAACAAUGGUGACGGACCCACUAGCAAGAGUGAUAUUUUCCGGAAAGCCUCUGAACAGCUGGUGCAGUACAUGAACUCAGGAAAUGGGUUAUUGCAUAAAAACUUUCUGAAGCAAGAUGUUGUUCAGAGAUUCUUGCAUCUCCUUUCUUCUCUGCAAGAAAUUCCUCCUGACCUGGUUUGUGACAUUAAUCGCAACUGUGCCAGCACCUUCAUCAAGUUUUUGCUGGAAAAACAGAAAUUCCCUGAAGUGCUCCUGCUGCUGACCCGCAAAGUCAGUGGGGAGCUGCCGCGGGGAGCCGGCCUCCUCAGGGACUGUGACUUCUCCAGCCUGGACCUCUGCUCCGUCAUCCCCCCGCUCAGCACCUGGGACCAGCGCAAGACACAGCUGCUGGGCUGUCUGAUAGACAGUGGAGCCUUGCCCGAGGGCCUCCAGGACAGCCAGGAGAGGCCGCUGGUCCUGUGCCUGCAGCGUGGCGACUUCGAGCUGGCUUUCCUUCUCUUGACCGAGGGCGCAGACCCCCGUGGGAUCUCUCUCACGGAGGGCGACACCCCUUUGCACGCAGCUCUGCACAUCUUCUUAGACAUCGAAGCUGACAUCGGAUUUAACUUCCUCAGCCACCUGUUGGACCUGUUUUGGUGCAACCCCACUGAAUUUUACUACCUCAACCCCAACAUCCAGGACAGCAAUGGGAACACGCUGAUGCACAUCCUCUUCCAGAAGAGCAUGUUGAAGCACAUGAAGAGGCUGGUGGGCCUGCUGGUGAAGUUUGACAUCAACUUCAACCUAAAGAACAAGGAAGGCAAAGACGUGCGGCACCGGGUCAAGAAGAAUGAUGCUCUGCUCUUGGCCUGGAACAAGGCUCUGAUGAUGAGCAGGCGGAAGGGCCGUCAGGACCCGGGGAGGCUCCCAAGGUCUGCUGCCCUCGGCCACACGGCACAGCUCAGGUCCAAGGAUUCAUCCAAGUCACUGCCGUGCAGCAUCACCGCCAGAACCCAGCCUGGAGAAGCUGUGGUCCCUGACAGCUGGGAGGCCCUCUUGGAUGCCCAGGUGGUGAGGCAGGAGCCUGGUGCUGACAGGCCCUGCUCUCUGAGAGACCACCUGGUGCAGCACCUCACAUUGUUGAUCCAGCAGGUUGAGGUGGAUACGUCCCUCCCAGAGGAUGGUCCUCAGGCCCCCGAGCCUCUGGAGACAGGUGCUAACACAGAGGCCAAGGAAGAGGAGCACCAGCGAGCUCUGGGAGUGGAGGGCUCUGGCUGUAGUGGGAACAACCCUGCUGUCCUUGAGGCGGGGGAAGGACAUCCUCAGCUCAUUCCUGCUGGUCACAGAGGGAGGGAGGGCAGCAACAAUCUGGACAACUGCAGUGUGCAUGAGAUCGAGGCCUGCCUCCAGGACUUUGAGAGUAUGACGUGGGAGAUCGAGUGUACUUCGGAGGUGCUGAAAAAGCUGUCCAGUAAGGUAAUGACGAAGGUGAUGAAGAAGAAAAUCAUCCUUGCCAUCCAGCAGCUGGGCAAUGGCGAGUGGACGCAGGGCCUGCAGAAACGGCUGAAGCACCUGGAAGGACACAUCCAGCUCUUCGAGGCCAAGCUGGACAAAGGAGCCCGGAUGCUGUGGGAGCUUGCCAUCGACUUCUCUCCUCGAUGCAGCGAGAGCCCAGAGAAGAUCAUGGCCACAGAGUGGAACUCGCACUCCACAGAGAAGUCGGGGCAGGUCUACACAGAAAUCAUCCGGAUCUGGGACAUCGUCUUAGAUCACUGCAAGCUGUCGGACUCCAUCCGGGCCAUCUGCAAUGCCUACAACCGGGGCCAGUCCUGCGUGCUGCGGAAGAAGCUAAGGGGUAUUAACAGAGGCCAGGUGUCAGCCAGCACCAAAGUCCAAAAGCGGAUACCCCACUGCUAUGUGGAGGACACAGGGGCCGAGAGGAACAGGGGGCACUUGGACCCCGAGUACUUCCCCCGGGCCAGCGCAGUGGAGACCGAGUACAACAUCAUGAAGUUCCACAGCUUCAGCACCAACAUGGCCUUUAACAUCCUCAGCAACAUGACAGCCACCGUGGAGUACCCGUUCCGAGUGGGCGAGCUCGAGUGUGCCGUGAUCAACCUGCACCCCAGGCCGCCGGAGUCCAUCAUCCUCAUCGGGCGCAGUGGCACUGGGAAGACAACCUGCUGCCUGUACCGGCUGUGGAAGAAAUUCCACAUUUACUGGGAGAAGGCCGAGCAGGCGGGGAGCCCACUGCUGGCCAAACAGAUGUGGCUGAAGAGCAGGCUGGAGGUGGAACCCCAAAAGGAGAGCCCCACUGGGGAGGAAGAGGCAGAGGAGGAAGAGGGGGAUGGCAGUUCCAUCGGGAUGGAGAGCAUGGACAGCACAGAUGAGGAGCCAGAGGGUGCAGCCUGCACAGGGGCAGCCAGUGGGGAGCCAGGGAGGCCCAGUCCAGAGGCAGAAGUAUGCACUCCUGAAUGUCCUAACCAGCUGGAGCAUUUACAUCAGAUCUUUGUGACCAAGAACCAUGUUCUGUGCCAGGAGGUGCAGAGGAAUUUCAUUGAGCUCUCCAAGUCUACCAAGGCCACCAGCCACUACAGACCCCUGGAACCCGACGUGCACAAGCUCCAGGACCUGCGGGAUGAGAACUUCCCUCUGUUUGUCACCUCCAGGCAGCUGCUCCUCUUGCUGGACGCUUCUCUGCCCAAACCAUUUUUUCUGAGAAAUGAAGAUGGCAGCUUGAAAAGAUCCAUCCUGGGAUGGUCCACGCAGGAAGAGCUCACCAUCCCCAAAUGGCAGGAGGAUGAGGAGGAGGCCGAGGUGGACUGGGACUCCGGCCAGGAGGACAAAGCUGUGGAAACACAGAUGGGUGACAGUGACCCCCGCGUGUAUGUGACAUUUGAGGUGUUCACCAGUGAAAUAUGGCCCAAAAUGGCCAAGGGGAAAACCUCCUACAACCCUGCACUUAUUUGGAAAGAAAUAAAAUCUUUCCUGAAGGGAUCUAUUGAGGCCCUUAGCUGUCCUCAGGGGAGACUUACGGAAGAUGAAUAUAAGAAGCUGGGGAGGAAGCGGUCCCCCAAUUUCAAGGAGGACCGGAGUGAGAUCUACAGCCUCUUCUGCCUGUACGAGCAGAUCAGGUCUCAGAAAGGUUAUUUUGACGAAGAGGAUGUUCUAUACAACCUGUCCCAGAGGCUCCUGAAGCUCAAGGUGCUUCCGUGGUCCAUCCAUGAGCUCUACGGCGAUGAGGUUCAGGACUUCACACAAGCUGAGUUGGCCCUGCUGAUGAAAUGCAUCAAUGACCCCAACGCCAUGUUCCUCACCGGGGACACAGCCCAGAGCAUCAUGAAGGGUGUGGCCUUCCGCUUCAGCGACCUGCGCUCCCUGUUCCACUAUGCCAGCAGGAACGCCGCAGACAAGCAGUGUGCCAUCCGCAAGCCCAAGAAGAUCCACCAGCUGUACCAGAAUUACAGGUCCCAUUCGGGAAUCCUCAACCUGGCAUCUGGAGUGGUGGACUUACUUCAGUUCUAUUUCCCAGAAUCUUUUGAUCGUCUUCCAAGGGAUUCUGGCCUCUUUGAUGGUCCCAAACCAAUUGUCCUGGAGUCUUGUAGUGUAAGUGACUUGGCAAUUUUGCUACGAGGGAACAAGAGGAAAACCCAGCCCAUUGAAUUUGGAGCUCACCAGGUAAUCCUUGUAGCUAAUGAAAUGGCAAAGGAGAAAAUUCCAGAAGAGCUGGGGUUAGCGCUUGUGUUAACAAUUUAUGAAGCAAAAGGCUUAGAGUUUGAUGAUGUCCUCCUUUACAACUUUUUUACUGACUCAGAGGCUUACAAGGAAUGGAAGAUCAUCUCCUCAUUUACACCUUCACUACCUGACUCCAGAGAGGAAAAUGGGCCACUGAUUGAAGUGCCUCUGGAGAAACCCAGCUCCUCCCAGGGUCGGCCUCUCACGGUGAAUCCAGAAAUGUACAAGCUCCUCAACGGAGAGCUGAAGCAGCUGUAUACGGCCAUCACCCGGGCUCGGGUUAACCUCUGGAUCUUUGAUGAAAACCCGGAGAGGCGGGCUCCUGCUUUCAAAUAUUUCAUCAGAAGCAGUCUUGUCCAGGUUGUGAAGACAGAUGAAAAUAAAGAGUUUGACGACAGCAUGUUUGUGAAGACCUCAACCCCUGAGGAGUGGAUUGCUCAAGGGGAAUACUACGCCAAGCACCAGUGCUGGAAGGUUGCAGCCAAGUGUUACCAAAAAGGAGGUGCAUUUGAGAAGGAGAAACUGGCAUUGGCCCACAACACUGCCCUGAACAUGAAAUCGAAGAAAGUCAGCCCCAAGGAAAAGCAGGUGCAGUACUUGGAACUGGCUAAGACCUAUUUGGAGUGCAAUGAGCCGCAACUGUCCCUUAAGUGUCUGAGCUACGCCAAGGAGUUCCAGCUCUCCGCCCAGCUGUGUGAGAGGCUGGGGCAGGUAGGGCCUCUGCCUGGGGCUGUUCGUGGGAGAACAGGGCUUCCCUUGAGCAGCUGGGGUACAGGUGGUGGUGGCUUACCUCCACCUGUGUCAGGAAGGGGGUUGGCUCCAGCAGGGGAGCCCUGGUACGAAGAAAUGCUAAGGACCAAAACCCUACCGAUAUCCAAGCUCUCCUAUUCUGCCAGUCAGUUUUACUUGGAAGCUGCAGCGAAGUACCUUAGUGCAAAUAAGAUCAAGGAGAUGAUGGCUGUCCUCUCAAAGCUGGACACAGAAGACCAGCUGGUGUUCCUCAAGUCUCGGAAGCGGCUAGCAGAAGCUGCAGACCUGCUGAACAGGGAAGGUCGGAGGGAAGAGGCUGCCUUGCUGAUGAAGCAACACGGCUGCCUCUUGGAGGCUGCCAGGCUCACUGCCGACAAGGACUUCCAGGCCUCGUGUCUGCUGGGGGCUGCCCGCCUCAAUGUGGCCAGGGGCUCCGAUGCAGAGCGUACCAAGGCCAUUCUGCAAGAAGCCCUUGAUCUCUGCUGUCAAACCAACCAGCUUUCUGGCAUCGCUGAGGCCCACUUCCUGCAGGGGGUACUCCUGAGAGACUUUCAGAAGCUCAAGGAGGCCUUCCUCAAGUUUGAAUCCCUCAACCACGCGGCUGGAGUGGUGGAAGCACUCUAUGCAGCCACUGGCCACUGUGAGACUGGGCCGGAGAGUGUGCUGGCCCUGGCCCCGGCAGGCUUGGAGCUGCUCCUCGAUCUGGUCAGGGCCCUCAAGAAAGUGACCAACAAUGCGGAGAAGGAGAUGGUCAAGUCUUGCUUUGAGGUUUUUGGGAUUUCUCAGGUGGAUGCCAAGUAUUGCCAGAUUGCUCAGAAUGACCCUGGGCCCAUAUUAAGAAUAAUCGUUGACCUGAAUUUGAACUUGAGAGAGAAGAAAACAAAAGAGCACUUCUUGAUAACAACUGACCAUGUGAAACUAGCCCUGAACAAGCACCUUUUGAACAGGCUGUGUCAGAUCACACAGAGCCUGCUUGGGAAGACCUACCCGGGUGUCUGUGCCAGGGUCAUCAUAGGCUUAAAAUGUGAGGAUGAAAACUGUGAAGCUUUCCACAGGCCCCUGCGGCGUUGUGAGGCCAAGUGUUUGGUUCAGUCCAAACUGCACCUGGUGGCGAUCAAUGGCUUGCUUUUGGAAGCCAAAAAAGUCUUCCCUAAAAUCUUAGCUAAAGAACUUGAAGAAAUCGAUUAUAUUUUGUCUACAGACACAUAUAGACUCUGCAAAUCCUUCCUGAAUGUCCUCUUCCCUAAACAUUUUCAUCAGAGGGUGUUGUCAGAAAACGCCAUGGCAUGCAAAGAAAUCCUCAAACCAGGUGGCAGAGCCUUCCGGUCUUACAGGUUUGCUCUGAAAGAGUACAUCCAUUUUCUGUUCCAAAAAGAAAGCGCACAAAACCGCCGGGAGUCUACAGACCUGUGGCUGAGGGCCAUGCAGGCUUUCCUUCUCUCUUCCAACUACCCAGCGGAGUUUGAGAAGCUGCUGCACAAGGAGGAGGACAGCUACAACAGGGAACGCAAAGCUCUCCAGUCGGAAAGAGGAAGGGGGCCGGGGAGAGGCAGCAGGAAGAAAGGAGUGGAAGGGAAAUUUGGCAUGCUGGUGCCCAACAAGGAUGAGCAGAGUGCCGACAAGACCCACCUGUGCUUCAUCCGGCUGCUGGAGAACUGCAUGGACCAGUUCUACGUGUACAGGAACCCAGAAAACUGCAAGAGGCUCUUUUUCCGGUUCAUGAAUGUCCUUGUCAGGCGGUGCCAAGAGCCACUCAUCCCCAGCAUUGGAAACACGGUGGCCCUGCUGGAGUUCCAGUUCAUCCACUGCGGGGCGGUCCUGGCCCGCCUCUCCAGGAACACCGUCCUGUGCCUCCCCAAGAGCUACCUCGCACUCUUGCACUACUGGGAGUUCCUGUUCAGCAGGAAGGACAGGGAGCCCCGGGAUGUGUUCUCCAUCAUUCAGGAAUACAAGCCCAGGGACGUGACAAGAGCCAUUCAGGACUUCCGGUUCCACCUCUCCUACCUGGUCAAGGUGCUCUGCGGCUACGAGAACGCGCACUUCAAUGUCCUGCUGGACGCCUUUGCUGAGAUAGACUGCGUGGUCUCCGGGGAGGCGGAGCGGGCACUGGUGCUGUGCUUGGUGAUGCUGGUGAAUGCCCAGGCGGUCCUGCGGCCGCACUGCCGGCCUCUCCUGUCCUGCCACUUCCAGGAGAUGGAGGCCAGGCUCCAGCUGAUGAGCACGGAGUUCCCGGGCCAGGUGCCUGAGAGGCUCCUGAGAGCAGUGAGGCGCGUGCUGGUGGCAGUCAAUGCCAAGUCUGUGGCUGAGGUGCUGCAGGACCUGCUCUUUGAGCGGGACGGGGAGUACCUGAUGGACUGCUCCUGGCGGUGGGACAGUGGGCAUACCUCGGGGACUGUGAUCUGCGGCCUUUACCACGAGGAGGUCAGACUAAACCGCCUGCUCUGUGUGGACCCCAUGAAGGACCUUGCUGAACCAGAGUGUGAGUGUGGGCAGGAUGAGGCGGAUGAGCUGGCAUUAGAAGAGCGAGACUAUCUCCUCACCACCAUCCUCUCCCAGAAGCAGUGGAAGGCGUCUAUCCAGCGCAAGCUGAGGAGAGCGUGCCUGGUGGUGUCCCUCUGCAUCAGCUGGAGGAGAAGGGUGGGCGCCCUGACGGAGUGCUGCAGGGAGGAGAAUAGGGAGCCUGCAGCUGGGAGUUUCAAAAGGGCCGACGUGGACAGGACCCAGUGCGACCUGUGUGGCGUGAAGUUCACCCGCGCUCCUGAAAGCUACUUUGGUCCCUCUGAAGCAUUUGAGGGGUCAGCUUCCAAGGCAGCGGCUCUGUCUGGGGCUGGGCAGGAAGAUAGGGGGGGUCCAGAUUGGAGCAGCGUGUCCUACGAGCAUCACGUCCUUCUGGAGGGCCACCAGAGGCAGCAGAUGGCCUACCAGAAAUACUCUGAGUUUUUCCGGGAGACGGUGGACCCGGCCAUUGAUGAAGGCAAACUGGUGGUGCAGGACCUGGAGCAGAGCAUGUGGGUCUGCAGCCACCUGGGCUCCAAAGAGCAUAGCCACAUGCUGCAGAGGAAGGUUCAGGAGAACAUCAAGAAGGUUUUGGAUAUGGUGGAGGACCUCUACCGGCGGAAGGCCUGGGCUGGCGCUGAGGAGGUGAUGGCUCGGCUUGUCAGUGUUCUGAUCCCGUCUGUCAGGACCGCACGGGAGUGGCUGAUGCAAACGGAACUCCGCUUGAAGGAGGAAGGUGUCGUCCAGGAAGAUGAUUACCAACACGAAGCUGAAGACUUUGGUGAGCUCCGUCCCAUCAGGCGCUGGCGGAAAGGUGGAAAGCAGAGGAGGUGCUAAGGUCCACACAGCUGCUGCCUCCUGCGCCUUCAGCACCUUCCGUCCUGACUUAGAGUUCUGAGUGCUGGGGCAGGAGGGAAAAGGAUGCAGGUGAGCCUGAGGACCAGGGGGUCUAGUGGCCCCUUGCUUCUGUUCCUGCCCUGCGGCCUUGGGGUCCGAUGCUCGCUCACCUGCAGGGGCCUCCUGUGCUGCUCACGCUGAAGGGGAGAGCACUAGUUCUCCCUGGGACUUGCUCAGAUGAGAGCACUCUCAGCUGAAGGCAGCCACGGACUCCUCACCCGAAAGCCUGCUGUGCUGUGGCUCAUGACAUCCCGAUGAGUCAAUAGCAGGGGGCAGGCCUCACCUCAAAAGUUGCCACUGUUCUGGUGGGAAAUCCCUCUACAGAUUCCUUGUCCCCCUUUCACAUGGCUGCAACACCAAAAGAACAUGAGCUGUGUGUGCCCAGGGUCCAUGAGUCCCUGCCACUGCCAUCUGACCCCAGGCCAUACUGUGGUCACCUCUGAGCCUACUUGUAGCAACUUUCCUCCUGUUACAUAUCAGCCAUUUCUCUUUGUGACAUCUCUUCCCAACUCCCCAUAUUUUGUGGCCUUUCUGUGCUACCUAUGUGGUCAUGGUUAGACACCUAGCAUAUAGUCAAGAGUUCCCCAGGAAAAGAGGGCUGGGGGGUGUUGUGGGGGUCCCAGCCCGCCACUCUGAGGCCGUCCUAACGCUGCCUUGGCUGUGAUGCACACAUUCCAAAGAAGGUUUGCAGGUAGCCCUACAGGCCUUGUUUUCCUGUUCUCCCUGGCAUGUUUGCCAUCCCUGCUUAGGCUGACAUUCUGAGAAGAUUCCCUACUGAGCACACCACAGUGGGAGAGUGACCUGCAGGUCAGGGACAGAGAAUGGAGGAGGAAGGCAGCCUUACAGUGCCAGUCCAUGGGACUUGGCUGUGAAUCACUGCCCCAUGCUUGGUAGGCCCUUUAAGAGGAGGGGAUGUGGGCCUGUUUGCAGGAGGCCACUGCUUACCCCCAGCCCCACUGAGCCAGCAGCCACCAGGAAGGCCCAUCCAGGAAGGCCUCACUGCCCACCCCUCGCCCACUGCUCAGCUCGGCCUGGUGCAGAGGUCCGGCUCCUGGUGUUGGUCCUUUACCUUUUGGUCAUCUCGGCAGAACUCCCUGUGCUGCUCCCUCCCUGCGCUGCUCUCUGCUGCGUGCUGUUUUCUCUUUGUUGUCUUUCCAAAUGACUCUUUUUCCUUGAAAUGUUUAUGUUUCUACUUUUAAUAGGUUAUGUUUCUAAUUUUUAUUCCAGAUGUUUUUUAAUAAAUUUCACUCCCAAAAGAAAAUAAGAGAAAAAAACCAAUCAAAUCUUGUAUUAUCAUGUUUCUAUAAAGUUAAAUCAUUUCUCUUA